AGUAAACAACAUAAAAUCAAGAUUAGAAGUAAAAUGAUUUGUUACAUAAAGAUCUGACAUUGAGUGCAGCAAGUUUGAGAUUAGUUUCAGUGGGACUGGUCAUAACCUUCUUGCAGGGGAUGUGAAUAGAUUUAUUUGAUUGGGCAGUCUAACAGUCUUUUGCUUAGCUUUCUACGUGGUGUAACUGCAAAUAUAGUAUCAGAAGAAAGCUGUCCAUCACAGUGCCCCAGUUUGAUGUAACAUUCAUGACUGUAAUUCCUGCGACACUGGGGGCCAGUUUCAUCCUAGCUCUGGGAGAUAGCACCUCUUUAUUUAUUUAUUUAUUUAUUUAUUUAUUUUUUGAGACAGCACCUCUAGAGGCACGCAGGGGAGGUCGAGUUGAGGAUAAUUUGGGUGAUGGGCCAGGAUUUUGGUGGAUUUUUCCAAUCUAUCAACAUGCAGCUUUGCUGAAAUUGUUUUUACCAACAGUGGAGGAAAUAAGUACUUGAUUCUGUGCUGAUUGUGUAGAUUUGUACAUUUUAGAGGUUGAUUUUUCUAAAUAAGUCUGUAAUUUUGGGAAGUUCUCAAUAAUUUUUUUACGAUGUUUUAGGAGUUUUAGGGCCACAAAAAAGUAAUAUCACGACAUUUAAAAUCAAACAGUUACACUUACGUCACUUAGUUUGUCCUAUAAUAUAAAAUAUGAACUGAAGCAGGUACACUGACUAAAUGUAGAAUGCAGACAGGAGUUUUUUUCGUUUGAAAACUGCCACAAACAUAUUUUUUUUAGUGAAAAAAGAAAAAAGAAAGAAACAGUUGUCUGUUUGCUUCAAUGUCUAAAUUUCUAGCUUUGGCUUUAAAAUUGGCUGUCAUUUGCUGUUUUUAGUUGCAUAUUGACUCAUGCAGACAGAUAAUAAUCAGUGGAUUGAUAGCAGCAGGCAUGUUGUGGUUUGGAACCAGAAAGAGUUGCAGCCCGGUAUUAUCACUUAGUCAUUUAGUGAACUUAUAGUGCUGUUUACUUAAGUCGCUCCAACAUGAUAUAAAUCAUCUGCAACAACUAAAAUCUAUGUUCUCCUUUGUAGUUCAUGCUAGCAUCCUUAAAGUAAAUGAAGCAUAAAGAAGCUUUAACAGAAUAAACAGCUGCACUUGAGUCUGACUGUUUCAGACAUUGAGAGACUACAAUCCAUGUGUUUGUUUGUCUGAAUGUAAGAAAAAGGAUUUGAUAAGUGAGCUACGUAAAGACAUUCAAUAAUUCACCACAGACCACUUUCCCACUGUGCAGCUAACUGUGAGUUAUGGGGAACUAAAGUAUGUUUAGUUUAUUUUACAAAAUAAAAAAAUAAGAAAAAGUAACAUUUCCUGUGCACACAGCAAGAGAUUUUUUUUAAUACUCUGCUUUUGUAAAAACACAUUUAUUCUUAUUUAGGAAUUUGUCAUCCAAUUGAAUAGAUAACUAGUAAAAAAAAAAAGAAAACUGGAGGUGUAGUGUUUUUACACAUGCUGCUACUUCCUCUAAGUAUGUUUACAGUUAAACAGGAAAUCCUGUCCUCAGCACAAAUGGAGAAAAUGUUUGACCUCAUUUAACAAACUGCUUCAGUCCACCUCAGAGUGAUAACGCAGCUGCAGCACCUCUUCUACUGCAUCAGCCUUAAGAUGGCCUCAGAUAUUUUUGCCAAACCAGAUUUCUCCAAGAAGGUCAGAUACAACAGAAAGCAGCAAGAAGACACAUCAGACUGGAAGGAGUGUGAGGUGGAAAUCUACAACGAUGCAUAUGAAUCUGUGGAGGACACCACCGGGGUUCAGUCACCAGAACAAGCUCCACAAACAGAGACGUGUCCUAAAGUCCAGAAAAGUUUCUGCAGAUGUGAACAAUGGCGUCUGUUGGUGCUGUGUACUGUCCUGUCAGCUGGGAUCAUCAUUCUAUCCUCAUACAUGGCAUUCAACAAUCCGCAGAGGGAAGUGAAGGAGCAAAAGAUACACACUGAAGGCAUCAAUGAAACUCUUUUGGAUGAAAUAAGACAGCUGAAAAAUCAGAUUGAAGGCAUCAAUAAAACUCUUUUGGAUGAAAUAAAACAGCUGAAAAAUCAGAUUGAAGGUAAACGGUGUCCUGAAGGAUGGAAGAGAUUUGGAUGCAGCUGCUACUAUAAAUCCACUGAGAAAAGAAUUUGGUAUAACAGCAGGAGUUUCUGUCAGAAAAAUGGAUCUGAUCUGGUGGUUGUAAACAGCAAAGAGGAACAGGAGUUUGUUUCUACAUUGAAUCAGAAUGCAGAAUCCUGGAUCGGUCUGUUUGCUGGAUGGUCAGUCCAGAAACAGAAAUAUGAAUGGAAAUGGGUGGAUGGAUCACCACUGACAGAAAUGUUCUUGGAUGAGAGCAUUUCAAAAGACCGGAACAAGGAUGAUGCAGUGUUCUUAAGUACUGAAGGGAAAUGGAAACAACAGGACAAAACAAACUUCAAAAACUGGAUCUGUGAGAAAAACAGUUUUGGAUCUUUCUGUUCCUGCGCUGUGCAUUGAUUUAACUGUUUAGUAAUGUAAGUAAUUUUCUUCCAUUUUUUUUUUCAUUUACUUCUACAAAAUAGUGCUUAAAGAAAGGUUGUUUUUUAGUUUAUUGUGAUUUAUUCAUAGAAAUGAAGUUGUCAUCUAUCAAAAACUUCAUCACAUUUAAAUAUCAGUGAAAAUGACUCAGAUAAACAGGAAACUGUAAUAAAUUUUUAUUUUUUAUUUAACCAGGAAAGUCCCAUUGAGAUUAAAAACCUCUUUUCCAAGGGAGUUAUGGCCAAGA